GAGGCGCGAGGCCCGGCCGCGCGGAGCCAUGGCGAGAGGCCGCGCUGCGGCGCCCGCGACACGGUCCCCGGCCCCGUCCCGGUCCCCGGCCGCGCCCCCGCCCGCCACCCCGGGGCCCACUCGGCCCCCACCCCCGCGAGCCCCCGGCCCGUGACACGCGCGUGCAGAGCCCCGGAGCGUCCCCGAUCGCCGGGCACCCGCCCACGCCGAGCCCCGUAGUCCCGGGAACGCGAACCACGGGCAGCCGGGGCCGGGCCGACAACGAGGCGGAGCAGCGACACCGGCCCCGGGACCGCGCCCGCCGCCCCUGCCCCGUGCCUCCUGCGGAUUCUCUGUGAGCCGUUCCUACCAGUACACUGACUCUCCCAGGGGCCAUCUGCCCGACUGCCCCUGACUCCGGCAGCGGGGCACCCCCCAUGGCAGUGGGCACCUUCCCUUGAAACCUGCCAAGCUGGACGCCACAGCCCUGCACGACGACACCUUGGCCAGCUCCACGCCCGUCUCUGAGGCUUGCAGCCAUGCGGUCCUCACCUGCAGCCCGGGCAUCUCUGAAGAGUACUAUGUGAGCGAGGCUGUUGAAGAUGCUCCCAGCUACAGAGAGCACCGGGAUGCCUGCACCAUCACCGACGUGUGCAACAGCACCAACCUCCCAGAAGUUGAGAUCAUUAGCCUGCUGGAGGAGCAGCUGCCCCAUUACAAGCUAAGAGCGGACACCAUCUAUGGUUACGACCACGAUGACUGGCUGCAUACGCCCCUCAUCUCCCCAGAUGCCAACAUCGACCUCACAACCGAGCAGAUCGAAGAGACGCUGAAAUACUUCCUUCUAUGUGCCGAAAGAGUUGGCCAGAUGACUAAGACAUACAAUGACAUUGAUGCAGUCACGAGGCUUCUUGAGGAGAAAGAGCGGGACUUGGAGCUGGCUGCAAGGAUCGGCCAGUCAUUGUUGAAGAAGAACAAGACCCUUACUGAGAGGAACGAACUGCUGGAAGAGCAGGUGGAGCACAUCCGGGAGGAGGUGUCUCAGCUCCGACAUGAGCUGUCCAUGAAAGAUGAGCUGCUUCAGUUCUACACCAGUGCCGCUGAGGAGAGCGAGCCCGAGUCUGUCUGCUCCACCCCGCUGAAGAGGAACGAGUCAUCCUCCUCCGUCCAGAAUUACUUCCACCUGGACUCUCUUCAGAAGAAGCUGAAGGACCUCGAAGAGGAGAACGUUGUACUCCGAUCUGAGGCCUGUCAGCUGAAGACGGAGACCAUCACCUAUGAGGAGAAGGAGCAGCAGCUGGUGAACGACUGUGUGAAGGAGCUGAGGGAUGCCAACGUCCAGAUUGCGAGCAUCUCUGAGGAGCUGGCCAAGAAGACAGAAGAUGCCGCCCGCCAGCAGGAGGAGAUCACGCACCUCCUGUCGCAAAUCGUGGACUUACAGAAGAAGGCAAAAUCUUGCGCGGUGGAAAAUGAAGAGCUUGUCCAGCACCUGGGCGCGGCCAAGGAUGCCCAGCGUCAGCUCACAGCUGAGCUUCGAGAGCUGGAGGAUAAGUAUGCGGAGUGCAUGGAGAUGCUUCAUGAGGCUCAGGAGGAGCUGAAGAACCUGCGGAACAAGACGAUGCCUACAUCCCGGCGCUACCACUCUCUGGGCCUGUUCCCCAUGGACUCUUUGGCUGCAGAAAUCGAGGGAACUAUGCGCAAGGAGCUGCAGUUGGAAGAGCCAGAGUCUCCAGACAUCACCCACCAGAAGCGUGUCUUUGAGACGGUGAGAAACGUCAAUCAAGUGGUCAAGCAGAGAUCACUAACCCCUUCUCCCAUGAACAUCCCGGGCUCCAACCAGUCCUCAGCCAUGAACUCCCUCCUGUCCAGCUGCGUCAGCACCCCCCGCUCCAGCUUCUAUGGCAGCGAUGUCAGUAACGUGGUCCUCGAUAACAAAACCAAUAGCAUCCUCCUAGAAACUGAGGCAGCCGACCUGGGAAAUGAGGAACACAGUAAGAAGCCAGGCACGCCAGGCACACCGGGCUCCCAUGACCUGGAGACAGCACUUAGGCGGCUAUCCCUGCGCCGGGAGAACUAUCUGUCUGAGCGGAGGUUCUUCGAGGAGGAGCAGGAGAGGAAGCUUCGAGAGCUGGCCGAGAAGGGGGAGCUGCACAGUGGCUCGCUCACGCCCACCGAGAGCAUCAUGUCCCUGGGCACACACUCACGCUUCUCUGAGUUCACGGGCUUCUCCGGCAUGUCCUUCAGCAGCCGCUCCUACCUGCCCGAGAAGCUACAGAUCGUGAAGCCGCUCGAAGGUUCAGCCACACUUCACCACUGGCAGCAAUUGGCCCAGCCUCAUCUUGGGGGCAUCCUGGACCCCCGACCUGGUGUGGUCACCAAGGGCUUCCGGACUUUGGAUGUUGACCUGGAUGAAGUGUACUGCCUUAACGACUUUGAGGAAGAUGACACAGGUGACCACAUUUCUCUGGCGGGCCUAGCUACCUCCACGCCAAUUCAGCACCCGGAGACCUCAGGUGAGAGGUCUCGAGCACGUGUGACUGUCUCAGGCAGCAGAAGUUACUCCAGCCAGCUUCAGGCUUCCCCAGAGGAGAUGCACCAGCCGCCAGCGCAAGCGGGCCUGGAGGAGGAGGAGGAGGAGGAGGAGGAGGGGUCUGCGCACCACCCUGGGAAGUGCAUGUCACAGACCAACUCGACUUUCACCUUUACCACCUGCCGCAUCCUGCACCCUUCAGACGAGCUCACGCGGGUCACGCCAAGCCUUAACUCAGCCCCAGCUCCGGCUUGUAGCAGCACCAACCACUUGAAAUCCACGCCAGUGGCCACGCCAUGCACCCCCCGGAGACUGAGCCUGGCAGAGUCCUUCACAAAUAUCCGCGAGUCUACAACAACCAUGAGCACGUCUUUGGGGCUGGUAUGGUUGCUGAAGGAACGGGGCAUCUCCGCGGCUGUGUACGACCCCCAGAGUUGGGACAGAGCUGCCAGGGGCUCCCUCCUCCACUCCUACACCCCCAGGAUGGCUGUGAUCCCGUCUACACCACCAAACUCCCCUAUGCAGACGCCCUCGGCCUCCCCGCCCUCCUUCGAGUUCAAGUGUACGAGUCCUCCCUACAACAACUUCCUGGCUUCCAAGCCGGCCAGCUCCAUCCUGAGGGAGGUGAGGGAAAAGAGACCUGUGCGGAGCAGUGAGAGCCAGACAGAUGUGUCUGUCUCCAACCUUAACCUUGUGGACAAAGUCAGGAGGUUUGGGGUGGCCAGAGUGAUGAACUCAGGACGAGCCCAUAUCCCCACCUUGACUGAGGAGCAGGGACCUCUCCUCUGUGGUCCGACAGGGCCAGCACAGGCUCUUGUCCCUGGGGGCCUGGUCCCCGAGGGCCUGCCUCUGGGGUGCCCCAGUGGCAUCCGCCGGAAUCGCAGCUUUCCCACCAUGGUCGGGUCCAGCGUGCAGAUGAGAGCCCCUGUGAUUCUCACCUCGGGCAUCUUAAUGGGUGCUAAGCUCCCCAAACAGACUAGCUUGCGGUGAGGCCAGGGAUCGCUGCCCUAUCUUCUCCCUGCCUCCUGUCCCAGACAGAGCACUCGCACCCCUGUCUCCUCUGAGCUCUACUUCUCGUGAGCUAGACAGAUCAACCGUGUGCCUCGUGGGGGGAGAGUGGAACUCCAUAUGGUGUGUAUACAGGACUUGGGGACCUUGCGUCUGCUCUCUCUUCCAAUCCACAGGAAGUAAUAACCCUACAAGGUCACACUCUCCUGAGGAUGACACCUGAGCUCACCUGGGGGAAGGUGGCAUCCUUUCUUCCUUCCUUUUAAGAAGCACUGAAAUUCCCAAGGCUGUUCUUAUCCCAUGGAUAGGAAUCUGGUGAAUUCUGCAUAAGACUGUUGGGUUGCACACAUAGCCGCCACGUGGCACAGGUCUCACUCACCUGUGGCAGCCGAUAAGGCUGCUCGCCAUCAGAGAGCUAUUCUUUCAGUUGUAGGUGGCCCAGCUUCACCGAGGUCUGCACUAUCCUGCCCCAUGGACUGUCUGGUCUCUACACUUCUUUUCAUGUCUUUGACUUGAAGUUACCUUGCAUUUUGUCACAAGCUGUCAGGGUUAGAGCCUGCCGUGAAAAGAAUGUAUUUACACUCCGAUGCGCCAUGAGGCGGCCCCUCCGUCUUCUGUGUGAUUGAUUUUUUUCUCCCAUUUUUAAAAUUUUUAUUUGCAGGGAAGUCUCAGUACUGGCAGUUUCUCUUGGUUCUGACACCAAAGUGCAAAUGGCACACGCGCUAACUCGCUAAGGACAUAGCUUGUUUCUGGGACCCAGUGUCACAGCCAGGGUGAUGUACGACCAGUUAUCACUAACAGUAGGAUCAAGGGGAAAGGGGACAAGACUGUUAAACCUAUACACAGUGGAGGGGAAGGGCCUAAUCCACAGCUCACCUCAUGGCAUCCCAGGUCAAGGUGUGUCAAGCAUGAUAGCUGUUGGCCCCUUUCCACUGUGAAGGGAGCUCGUGCCACAUGGUAGAGCUCCAUGGCCAUUCAGUGACUGCAUUUUUUUUUUUUUUUUUUAGUCCUCUUGUUUCAAAACUAGAAUUGAAUUUCCUCCUCAUGCCCCAAGUCCAUUGUCCCCUCAUCCCAUUUCUGCCCAUAGGAAAAGAUCAGAGGUGCUUAUGAAUGGAAGAAGUGUGAGCAAGUGAGUGGCCUGGGCCUGUUGCUGUCACCUGUGCAGUUAGGAAGUUUUAUUUAUUAUCCAUGUGUGCUAUAUUUUAAUAGGAUGCCAUCUCUGGUUUCAGCUCCAGCCUCUGUGUGUGUGUGUGUGUGUGUGUGUGUGUGUGUGUGUGUGAGAGAGAGAGAGAGAGAGAGAGAGAGAGAGAGAGAGAGAGAGAGAGAGAGAGAAUGAGCUCGAACGCCCAGGUAUAUUAUUUAUUUACUUUUGUCUGAGGAUGACUGUACAUCUGUGUGUCACAUGGUCACCUGCCCCAGACACCUGUGGAAGGAUAGCGUCCUGUGUACAAGAAAUUGUCACAUGAACAACUCCCACAGGCUCAGCAAAAGUCGUGUCCUUGAAUCGAGUGAUAUGCCCACCAAGGAUGCUUUGAGAAGGUCCCCAAGCUUCAGUCCCACUAUUUCAAACUAUUUAUUCUCCAAACAGAGUGCCGGUUCAUCAUGUUCUCUGCUCUCCUGGCUGCCAUGUAUGUUUGCAAGUAGCGUACAUUUUAUUUGAAUGUAUUUUAAAGCGGUAGGUAGAAGAGCAAAGGAGGGUGACAACCUUGGCUCGGAUGGACCACGUCAAGUGUUCAGAGGGGCUUCCCGUCCGCACUGGAAACACCAGUGUAAGAACCGGCACUUUCAGAGGUCGUGAUCCUAUCGUUAGCAAACCAUGAUCAACAUUAAGCAACACUACCAAGAGCGUGUUGUAAUGUGUCAAGAUCAGCAACAAGAUUUCAUUCACUAAUGAAUAUCAAUAAAACAAGCUCAAAGGAUGGAAA